CACGCUUCGUACAACCUCCUCUUACCCUGCAUUCUAUUCCCUCGACUGAUCCAGACUCUACUGGCUCAGUCGCUACCACUCCAUUCUUUCCUCAAGACCUUUUUAUGCAACCAGAGCCAACUGCCGUAUCUCAACGUGCGACCCCCGUUGACUCAUCCCAAGUCGAUCCCAGUUCCACCCAGCAUGGACAUGACCUCGAUGACGCUCAAGUCUCUGACCUUCUCGAGCGAGAGAAGACCAGGGACUCUACAGACGUCCCGGGCAUGCCGGUUCAAGGUGAACAGCACGCGUCCGUGAAUGUUGACGGUCGCCCUGCCCCGCCCCAAGUCGAUAGAGUGAGUCAGUAUGAGAAUGCUGGAACUCCCGGGACUCCUCCUAUGCAACAGGAUGACCUUGCAUUCCGGGUAGUGGCUUCCACCGGACAGUUGCAAGGUUCUCUUGAGACGUUUCCCAAUGAGGUCCUCACCCACAUCCUCUCCCACCUCCCUCCACAGUCGUUGUCGGCUAUCACCUUGGUGUCUCGUCGAUUCCAUGCGCUGGUCACAACGCCCCACGCCUGGAGGAUCGCCUUUUCGCGUUUCUUCCCGGGGCCGCAAGCCGUUGAGGAUGAUCGGCAUGCCACGGCCAAUGAUGCAGACUUGCUGGCUGACCGGCGGUACUUCACAAGGUUGACUGCGCUGGCGUCUUGGCGCAGCGAAUACAUUCUUCGUACCCGUUUGAUGCGAUCUUUGUCUCGAGGCAAACCUGCGCAGUUCGAGCCGCCCAAGAGGAACGGUACCGUACGCACUGCGAGUGCUCGCCAUGGGAGCGCGAUAGCAACAUAUACUUCGAAUCUGCUGUUCCCCGUUAGCCACAUCCACGGGUCUUUCAGUCCCGACAAGGACCCCCACUUCAUUCAUGCCGCUGCGGAGCAAGGUAUUGCAUCUGCAAGUGAUCCGUCGACCAUUAAAGUCGGCACCUGGGGUGUUUCUGAUCAUCAGAUGUUCCGUCACUUUGCGGACCUAUUCCCCGGAGAAGCACAAUAUGGUCUCGGAGCUGGUGACAUGGUUGGUCUGCCCAAUGUGAUGGAUGUCAGCCAGCCAUAUGGAAUGGUCUACGGCGAAGCCUGUCCGCAAGGACGCAGCUACUUCAUUUCAACUACGGAGCAGCGUGGUCGGUUCCUGGUACCUUCGGAAUUGGGUUCUCACCCAAAACUCGGAAUACCUGCCGUGAACAUGAUUACCCAUGCUGUUUGCUCAGUAUGGAUUGCCAAAUCCUCUAACAUUCUCAAGAUGACAGAGGGGCUUAUUGGAAUGAUGUCUGGUUCGUCCUCUGGAGUGCUGACAGCGUAUUCUUUGGGUCCCCAUCCGACUUACGAAAAGCGAUAUGAACGAGGUCAACCAACUGCUAAAUGGGUUCUAAGUCCUGGUGUGCCUAUCAUUGGAAUUGCCGUUGAUGAACAAUGUUCGACCAAGCGCCAAUCAGAAAGACGCAUUUGGGCUGUUGCUUUAAAUGCCUUGGGAGAAGUCUUCCAUCUUACUGAACUUCCUCGGCAGCCGGAUAUCCCUUUUACCGCCAAACUCGAUGCUGAGCAACUUGAUGAGCUAGCUUGGAAGACUGGCAGAAGUGUGCGCUGGGAAUUGGUCGAGGCAAGCAGACGUGUGGCACGCCCAGACCCGUUCAACCGUGAACUGGUCGAUGGCAGCUACAGCCCGCGGUCAUCAUCGGAUUCCAUGGCCCUCAAUGAAUAUCAGAUUGCGGCUGAAACAAAAGAGAUUGAAAAGUUUCUUUCGUUCAAACCAAAACACUUCCGCAAGGUCUGUGAAAGCUGGAAUAUGCAACGCGACCUCAAGGUGGACUUUGCUGGUGGUGACGGUCGUGGGGUUGGCGAGUCGGUUAUUGUCAUUGUCCGCGGUUCGGGUGAAGACGAACAGGCAUCGAUCAAGCGAUUCACGCGCUCUACUUCAAUUCACGAUUUGGCCUCGCCCACGCCGGAGUCCCGUCCUCUCGCCACCCCGCCGCCGUCACUGUUUGGUGGCCCAACGACCAUCUCGACUCCGCCCGUGAGCAGUGUCCCCUCUUCUCGAUCUUCCAGCCGGAUGGCCCGAUCAGCUACUACAAACUAUGAAUGGCGCCUGUCAGAGUUUAUCUUCGGUGAUCGCAAAUCUGUGGAAAUCAGUACCACUGCAUUUGAUACUUCCACCUUUGCGACUAUCACGGCGGAAGAGGAUCCUCUCCUAGCAAUGUCUGGGAGCUCUCACUCAUCUGCGACUUCUUCGCCGAUGUUGCCUCACAUGGAGCAGCCGCGCUCCAGUCUUGAUGUUCCUGGGCAACGCGCUCGAUAUCUCGCAGUUGGAACCAAGAAUGGAAUGGUCUUUGUCUGGAACAUUCGGGCACCAGCAGCGCCGUCUACUGAGAUCAUCAAUUCCAUUUCUCCUCUGCGCAUUAUCCAAACGGAUUCGCCUCAAGUGUCUUGCCUGGCCGUCACAUCUUUGUAUUUGGUACACGGCGGCAAUGAUGGUCUUGUACAGGCUUGGGAUCCUCUCGCAUCUUCUACAAGGCCAAUUCGAACUAUCAAUUCUCGCUUCUCAUCCCGCGCCCGUCGUCGUCUAGUACAAGCUGAGGCCUCUGUCCUAGGUGUUGGCAACAAUUUCUACGCUACGGGGGCCAUUUGCCUUGAUACAGACCCCACUGUGUUGCGUGGAAUGGUCUCACUUGGCACGCAUUUGCGAUACUGGUCAUACAGUUCUUCUGCGGCUGAUCAGUACAAAACCAGUAAGCGUCGCCUGCGUCGCUUAAUGCGUGGCAACAACAGCACUCCUGAAGGUCAACGUUUUAACAACAGUGGCCGGGGCGCAAUCCAGGACUACAUCGAAGAUGAACGUGUGGAAAUGGAACGACAGAAGAUCGCGGAUGAGAAAGAGCGAGCCCACCUGAGUCAACGUUUCGGAGUUGACCUGUUAGGCCCGGAUGUUGAUGAGGAGCAGCUUUUGAUGUAUGCCCAACUUCUGAGUCAAGAGGCUUACUCGGGCGACGCCACAAAGAACGAGGAAAAUGCAGCAGUCUCUAGCUCGGUCACAAGUGCCUCCUUCCCCGAUACUGUUGGUCCCAGUUCCUUUGGUCUCGGCGACAUCUCAUCCUCUUCAUCCCCCUAUCAAGAUCCCGUGGAUGACAAUGAUGACGAUGAGCUGGCCGAGGCAAUACGCCUCAGCUUGCUCGCGGAACAGGGUGUUCCUCCGCCCUUCGAUCUGACGCCCUCUAUUCCCAUCAAAUAUGCGAAAGGAAUGCAACCACGUCAACCAUCGCCUGGGGCUCAAGAGGCCGAGGGAAGUAGACAACAAGAAAUGGAUGAUCUGGAAUUUGCCAUUCAGCUAAGCUUGGCCGAAGGCAACAGUCGUGGAGAGGACCAGGAGCGGGAAGAGUUCCCAUCCCUCGCACCACCUAUGUCGACCUCGCCAUCAGGUAAGGGCAAGGGGAAAGUGAGAGCCAUUUGGGAUUAAGUUGAAGAAAUUGUGUCAUUUUUGGAUUUGUUUGAUUUAUUGUUUAAUUACAGUGCUCCGUUUCGCGCUUUCAUCGUCUAGAAUAUU